AUGAGGCUUAUGACUCUUAUCGCAAUCCAACCAUCAAAAAAAGGGUUGGGGACGGACUUGCUGGCUAUGGGACUGGAACCCUACCCUAAGGUCAAAAAUUGUAUCCAGCACUUCGCUAUGCAGUUCAAAAAGGCUUAUGCGCAUGAGAACUCGACCGGUUCAGGUGACACCGAGCAUCAAACCCUUAUUGAACAAUGCCUCGAGAUCUGCCCUUGGUAUGAUGAAUUCAAGGCAAUCUUUGGAACCCGACCCAAGGUCACACCUAUCAGUGGCAUCACUUCUACAGGCUUUACAGUGUUUCCCAAUUCCCAGGGUGGUACCAGUUCUGGCGCAGAAAAUGACGAAGACGGUGACUCGGGUGAAGGCUCCAAGGAUGAUUCAGGCAGCCAGAAUGAGUCCCAACCAGUCAACAUCACUCGAAAACACAAUGCACCUACUCCCCAGCCCAAAGGGAGUGCCAAGAAGUCGAACAGUUACUGGACCAGAAGGAAACAGCCGCAGCUCUGCGCCGUAUGA